GGGCACAGAGGCGGGGCUUCCGUAGCUUCGUCACUUCCUCUGCAGAGAAAGCUCGCGAAGAGACGGUUUAGUAGUAGCAACCGUGGUCAGUGUCGAGCGCUCCGAGGCGAGAGGAUGAGCGACAGCGGGGAGCAGAACUACGGCGAGCGGGAGUCCCGUUCCGCUUCCAGAAGCGGAAGUGCUCAUGGUUCCGGCAAGUCUCCAAGACACUCACCUGCUAGAUCAAGGUCCAAGGAGGGUUCAAGGCGAUCUAGGUCGAAGUCUAGAUCGAGAUCUGAAUCUCGAUCCAGAUCAAGGAGGAGUUCUCGUAGGCAUUAUACAAGAUCACGUUCACGUUCUCGAUCCCAUAGGAGGUCAAGAAGCAGAUCUUACAGCCGCGACUAUCGUCGCCGACACAGUCACAGCCAUUCUCCUAUGUCUACUCGUCGGCGUCAUGUUGGCAACAGAGUAAGGCUGGGAUGGCAGCAGUUGACCAGAGAUAAUUCAGCUGUGUGUGUCUUUGGAGGUUCUAAAGUUUUCAAAUUACCCAGAAAUCAUGCAAAUCCCGACCCAAACUGUUGUCUUGGUGUGUUUGGAUUAAGCUUGUACACAACAGAAAGGGAUCUGAGAGAGGUAUUCUCCAAAUAUGGCCCAAUUGCUGAUGUUUCAAUUGUAUAUGACCAGCAGUCCCGACGUUCUAGAGGAUUUGCUUUUGUGUACUUCGAAAGCGUUGAUGAUGCUAAGGAGGCAAAAGAACGUGCUAAUGGAAUGGAGCUUGAUGGGAGAAGGAUCAGAGUUGAUUUCUCAAUAACAAAAAGGCCUCAUACACCUACUCCGGGAAUCUAUAUGGGGAGACCUACUUACGGUAGUUCCCGGCGAAGAGAUUACUAUGACAGAGGUUAUGACAGAGGAGGUUAUGACGACCGUGACUAUUAUAGCAGAUCAUAUAGAUAUCCAUGCCAUCCCCACUUCAGGUUGUGAUCCUCCAAAUCCAAUAAUCUUUUAUUCCUCAAUAGAAUCCAUUCCUUUAUCCAGACUAAGCAACAAGCAGCAAAAUAAAGUCUCAAAUUUGGUAAUCCCAGCCCUCCUCUUUCUUUGGCGUCUUGUAAUAAUUUAAAUUUAAAUUUAACUCUUGGUUUUUUCCCUGCCAAACAAAUUUAGAAAUAUCUUUUUGCCAUUGUUUGAAAGGUAGAUCAGAGGAUAUGACAGGUAUUGUUUGUGCUUCUCUAAAUUCUGAAGUACAUAGGUGUCGACCAUAUGCUCCACCCUGAGGGAUCUUAAUCUGGAGGUAUGAUAGCUCUGUGAUAGUUAUGUUCGUGGCAUCUCCAGCUAAAAGGAUAGGAUUGCAGGUGAUUGAAAGCCCCUUAGUCAGAGACUGUGGGGAACUGCUUUCAGUCAAGAGUAGACAGUACUGGACUAGAUGGCUUCAUUCAGUUAUAUAUUUGCUUUCAGAUAUGGCUUAUAAUGGGCAUGAGCCUGUGUGAUCUUCUGGUUCGUGCACAGCUCUCCCCACAUUCUGGCACAACCAGAAGGGGGAUCUCAGUUCUGUUUUUUAUUAAUUACAGUUUGGUGUUAACAGCCAAACUGGAAACUGUGGUCAGUCUUUUAAUUAUGGCUUGUUGAAACAAGGCAGCUUCAUAACCCAUUGUUUGAAAUUGAUAUGUUUCAAGAAAUCAUAGUUAAAGAUCAGCCACAGUUCAUUGGGUUCAAACCACCCCACAAGCCACGAUCAAUCAGAAAGGGAAACAAAAGCUUCCAAAUGCGUCCUCAGUAGCUGUGUUGGAGAGAGCCUGCAAGCCUGAGCUCACAGAGGCUAAUUGAGGCGUCCAGGUUCAGUCAUCAGCUGUGUUCACACAUAAUGCUAAACCAUGGUUUAAUACUGUAUGAAUGAGCCUAGUCUCAGACUUGUACUCUCUUGCCUCCUCCUGAGUGGCCUGGAGGAGUAGUUUGGAAGCUUCCACUUCUACUUUUACUAUUAUUAAUUUUUUUAAAAGAAGUCUCCCUGCGCAGCUUAAAAAUAUCAGUGAUAAAGACAGUCCCUGCCCUCAAACUUAAAAUCUAAGAUACAACAGGAAAAAAACAGAUGGAAAGGAGGAAGAAAGGUGUAUUAUUUUAUAAUUUAACUGAAUUUUAUUUCCAUUGGAUUGAAUUUUUUGUACCUUGCUUAGAGACUGUUGUAAUGAAGUGGUAUGCAAAUUGUUUAAAUAAGUAAGCAAUCUCUUAGUUCAGCAUUCUUAUAACUGGAAUGGAAUGAUUUGGCGAGGAGGAGCCAAAACGUUCUGGACUUUCCUCAGAGCUGAUGGAGAGGCAAAUAUACUUAAAUCACAGUUUGAAGUUGGAUUGUUUUUAAGCUAAAUAGAGUUAAUGUUAACAACAGUUGCUCAGUUUGGGCAAAAUGACAAGCCAUAGUUAAGUAAAACCCAAAGCUUCCAGACUCCUGUCUGUGCAGGGCUGAGAACAUGCAAGCCCAGGAAAAGAUUGGGCUCAUUUACGUAGUGCAUAGGAAAUCUCAGGCAUCGGUGCUAAAUGCAGCCCUUUGGAAUCCUUGUAUCAGGAUUCUCUCCAGGCAACACCUCCCAUGCAUGGCUGGAAUAUGUCCUUGAACUGUGGUAAGUCUCUUGCUUGCCUAGAGAGAGGGUAUGCAUGCGUGUAUCCCUCCCAGAUUUGCCUCUUGCCCUGCUCCAAAAAGUUAUCCAUGAGAGAAUGCAGCACUCAAACUGAAAAAGUUUCCUUGCAUUUGCCAUACCAUGAUUCAACAUUAUGCCUGAAUAGACCAGUGUGUGGCUUGAUAUAAAGCCACACCAUAUGUUCCUUUGAUUGAUUCAAAUUGUAUGUUGCUGAGCUUCACUUAAGUUUCUCCCAUCCAAUAACUCUACUGUUCUAAAUGUUGGUGUUGCAUAGUCAGAAAAAACUUGGGCAAUUCAUGCAAUUUGCCUCUGCAUCAUUUUCACUGACUUUCCCCUUCCCGGAGUAUCCCCCUACAUUAUAUCCCAUUUCUUUCCUGAUGGAAGAGGGAUUGGGAAAGCCACCCACAAAACUGGAUACAAUUGUGUGUGUGUUCAUAUAUGAAAUUCAUUCAAUAAGGGCUUUACCUGUUUGACUUUAAUUAUUUGAAGACAAUUGCAUCAUCUACCACCUAAGCCCAGAAUAGGAACAUUGUUAUAACUACAUUAUGUUUUAUUUCCCCCUGGCCACCCCAUAAGAUAACGGUUCUAGUUAAAAUUACAUUUUGUGCUUGUUCUUGCAUCCAUAAAUGUUUCCUCAAACUGGACUUUUAACACUUGCAAUCUUGGAACUUUCAGUUGGUGUUUUUUUGUACUAUGCUCAGUGGACUCAGUUCUGAGUAACUUCGAAUAAUCUCUGUCCUGCCUAUAGUUGCAUAUAUCUGCCUUCUACUUUUUUGAUAGCUUCAAUAUCUCUGUGAAUGGUAAUAAACUCUGUAGGAAAGGAAAUGGUCUGGUAUUUAGCUAGAAACAAUCUAUAAUGGGCCUAAUGCAAUAGAAAGGCCAUUAUCUAGUUCACCCAUAGGGACUGUUGUUGCUGCUGGACCUAUGCUAAUUUGGGGAGUACCAAAGUUUUAGUCAGCUUUGCACCCUCACACUUUAGUUAUGAAAGCUGAACCAAAAUGCAGGACUGAGUUUCUCAGGCAUCUUUGAUCUCCUGCCUUUGCAAAUUUGUAGGGGGGGAUAUGUGGGAAAUAGCAUGAAAAUAUUUGCAGGGGAGGGCAGAGCAAACAUGUCUCAGUGGCCAAGAUAAGGAAACCUCCAUAUAGUUGCAAAAAGGGGGAAUGGCACCUUUUGCCAAGGCAGCACAGUUUCGGUGAUAGGAAUGUUUCUUUCCUAUCCCUAUACCCAACUGAGAGCAGGUUUGUUUUGUUUGCUUUAAUGACAUCAUAUAGCUAAAUCUGUUUGGCUACAUAACCCUGCAAUGUCAUUGUGUUCUAUAUGUGAUCUUUUGAUGGUUCACUCAUAAGAAGAAAACUCGUGCAAAUAAAGAUGGUGCCCAAGCAGCAAAAGUAGAAAUAAGAGAUGGCAAACAGCAGCAGAAAGGUACUGGAGAUGUGGGAGGCUUGUCCAAAGUGCUUUUCACACUUCAAAUUUCAAGGAUAAAAAUUCAGCACAGCUAUAAUAUUCUACCAUUGAUGUGUCAUGUGAGGCUUCUUGACAUGUUUGCUCCAUUUAAGUAUUGGAUGUAAUAGGUGCCAAAAAAGUAAUCUCACAGAACAUAGAAAAUACUAUAGUAGGGACUGAUAUAGACCUUUUUUUUACUGUAACUCGCCAGUUUGCAAUGUUCUUAAAAUGGUGGGCUGUGCACAAAUCAUGGCUUGUAUGAAGAUCUGUAGUUGGUGUGAUACUGAUGCAUCUUUUGA